AUGUCAGUCAUUGAUAUCGACAACUUGAACCCCAUCAAAUGGGACGAGCGAUGCACCGUGUUCGAUGUUGGAGGAGCAUUUCUUCGAGGGCUCAGUCCAACUGAAGCUGGUACGCGCCCGCAAAACAGCCCUAGAGCCCUGGAAGCUUCAGACCCCCCCGCCAUGGGUGCAUCGCCCGUUUUUGCUCCUUCACAAGCCCAGCCCGCCUCCACGUCCGCCAUCAUGUCCUUUGCCGAUGCAAAAGUCCUUUCGAUAACGCCACUGUCCAACGACGAGUCGCGAUGGGUGUCUCUCCAUAGCAUCACGUACAAGGACCCCAAAGGCACCGAGCGGACCUGGGAAUCUGCCCAACGACGCACUCGUCCCGCCGGCGCAGACAUUGACGGCGUGGGCAUCGUCGCCAUCCUGGACAAGCCCACGGGCAAGGAGAUUAUCCUGCAGAAGCAGUACCGCCCUCCCGUCGACAAGGUCGUCAUCGAGGUCCCCGCCGGCCUCAUCGACGCGGGCGAAACCCCCGAGCAAGCCGCCGUGCGCGAGCUCAAGGAAGAGACGGGCUACGUCGGCGCGGUGUCCGAGACGACGCCCAUCAUGUACAACGACCCGGGCUUUUGCAACACGAACCUGCGCAUGGUGCACGUCACCAUCGACAUGUCAUUGCCGGAGAACCAGGACCUGAAGCCGGAGCUGGAGGAGAACGAGUUCAUCGACGUCUUUACCGUUCCGCUGGCGAGCCUAUGGGAGGAGUGCAAGAAGCUGGAGGCCGAGGGCUAUGCGAUUGACGCGCGAGUCGGUACAUUCGCCGAGGGCAUCCUGCUGGCACAGAGAUUAAAGCUAUGA